AAGUAAUUCAAACAGUUAAGCAUUGGCGAUGGACAAGAAAAAUUAUAAAAAAAGGUACGGUUGGACCCAAGCAGCAGAAAAUGCACUUUUGGAGGUUUGGGAGUGCAAUAUGGAAGGCUUUCGUGGUGCACGCAAGAACGGGCAUGUGCAUAAAGAAAUCAGCGAUCAAUUAAAUCAACUCGGGUUUAAGCACAACCCCAAAGAAGUGCAAACGAAAAUAAAUAACAUGACCUCAAAAUUCAGAAAGGAAAAUUGCAAAAUUGGCCCUUCUGGUGGUUCACCCUCUAGGUGGGUGUAUUAUGAACGGGUGAAAAAAAUAAUUGGUGGCUUCAAAAGCCAAAACAUCAAACAACUUCAAAUAGAAAGUAUUGAUGAUGCAGACUUUCAUGAGGAAUAUCUGGAGGAGGAAAUGGCGAUGUCAUCAUCCCCUAUGUCAACAUUAUUGCCACCAAUAUUAUCAGAAGUGCCUACCACCUUCAUGUGA